AGUUGCGCAUAAAGUUAUGAUGGGACCUGGUAUCACAAUUUGGAAGGGAAUGCAUAGGGAGGAGAAACGAUGACGACGGCUGGAGGCAGGAGACGGAGAACCAAACGUCUACAGCAAUCGAUCUACGCGUUGAAUGUGUUGGGAUGUGCCGAACUCCAUGGAUUUGGACGUUGACAUGUCUGUCGACGUAUGAGUCGUACGUUCGUGGGGAAGAGGCGGAAGAUGAGUCAGCACAGGUUUUCGUGUGGACGCGUCGUGGGAACAGCGACUCAUGUCCCUACAUCACCGCCUACAGGGAUAUCAGGCCGCUUGUUGUGUUCUUCUCAGGAAUUCGGUCUGCGGAGAAUGCUGUGACCUUUGCUGAAAACUCCACGCCAUGAUGGAGAGUUUAAGCCCAGAGGUGUCACACCGCCGCCAACCGCAUCGCAGAAAUCCUC